UCGCUGACCUUUAGCCCCCGAGACCCGGAAGCAGUCGGGGUUGGCGGCGACUCGGGCCCGGAGCGGAGCCUCGGAGUUGGGAUUAAUCAUCAGGGAAAAUGGGUAAAUCAAAGCAGACGCGGAACCACAACAGUGACAAGAAGAAAAAUAUCUCCAAAAUGUGGAAAACAAAAAGGCGAACAAAAGAUUUAGACGAGAUUCACAAGGACAUGGAAGCUGCAAAUGCUCAGAAAUUACUGCACCAAGCAGUAAACUUCGACGUGACAGGCAACGCUCAGUUCUAUUGCUUACAUUGCGCUCGGUACUUCAUUGAUCAGAGAAACCUCCAGGAACAUUUUAAAACUAAAGUCCACAAAAGAAGGCUCAAGCAGCUGAGUGAAGCGCCAUACACCCAGGAAGAAGCUGAGCGAGCAGCGGGCAUGGGCUCCUACACCCGUCCACAGAAAGUCACGGUCAGAACACAGCCAACCGAGGAAAACAUGUCUGUGCAGUGAGGCCGGCUGCCGUCGGCGCCCUGAGCCGUUCUUUAGAAAACAAGACUUCUCUUUUAACGGUUUCCAAUGUUGGUGUAUGUCAGUAGUGUUUGGGACAGGUUCAAUUUCCAGUUCAAAAACUUGCCAAUGUGGACCCUGUCAAACUGACAGCCUGUCUUGAAGACCAGCCGUGAAGACUCGUUCUCUGAGUAGUAAUUCGUGCAGCCCCCGUUCCCCACACAGGUGACCUACAAUCAAUCCUCUGUUUUCAGGGAAAAAAUAAAUUCUAGCGAGAAUACCCUCAAA